CAGCAGCAUCAACUCUAUCAGCCAACCAAACAUCAUCUAUUCAUCUUACCUUAUCCUAAGUAACCCACCUUCACCACACUCUCUAGUCUCUUCAUUACUUGCACCACUCCUUCAUUUCGUCCAUUUUCCUUUGCACAAUCACUCAAUCUGACACCACUAAGAUAAAAAUAAAAGAUGGCAACAGCAGCUGCAUCAACUACUUUGUCCUCCGCAGCUGUACCGGCAAUCUCAGGCAGCAGGGGUCAGAGGAAAAUGAACAAAGUUGUUUACAUGAGUGGAGUAAACUCCUAUGGAGGUCUCAAGGCAAACAAUGCUGUGCUCGGCCUCGGUCAGGCAGUAUGUACCGAGCAGUGUUUCGCCAAUGUUGUGAGUUCAUUGAGGAGUACUGCUACCAAGAAAGGAAGAUCAGGUGGUGGUGGUGGUGCUGGUGGUGGUGCCUUGACUUCUACCUGCAAUGCUGCUGCUGAGAUUUUCAGGAUUGCUGCUGUUAUGAAUGGACUUACACUUGUUGGUGUUGCUAUUGGUUUCGUUCUUCUGCGGAUUGAGGCCACCGUAGAGGAGGCAGAGUAAACUUUAAUCAUUUUCUACUUUGAAUAUAGUUAUAUAAACUCGCCACUGUGCCUCCCUGAUUCAUGAAUUGGGAACUGGUGUUCAUUUUGUAACUUCAAUUUAUAAACCUCAAACUCCUGCAUUAUUUUCCUUUCA